GUGUGUGCUCGCAGAGAGACCGGGGUUGGACGGCACGGCGGGAACAACACGAGAAUGGAGACGGAGGGACCAUUCAUCAAAGUGCCCAUUGAAUGUGUCAGCCAGGUCUUCCGCAAGACUAGGAAAACGGUUACAUCGGAGCUCACGGCAAUAAUCAAGGAGAUCAGCAGUCUCGAGGCAGCAGGGGCGGCGGCGGGUGACACCGAUGGUGACGACACGAGAAGAGGCGAAACCGCCGAUAGCGGCGGUGAAGGUGAAGGUGACGCUUCGGCGAAACUUGGCGAGCUGAUGGACCGCCUCACCAACCUCAAGGCGACGGCCCAGGAAGCAGGGCGCGAAGAGAAGAAGCACCUGACGGGGUUGAGAAAACGCCUCGAUCUUCUGGCGCAGCCGCCGCCGCCGCCGCCGCCGCCGCCGCCGCACCUGACCGGAAGUUCCGCCGUCGCGUCGACCGCGGCGGCGGCAUCGUCCUUCGCUGUGACAGAGUCUCCGGGGGGCAAGACGCGGCUCGACCGCUUCAUCGUGGAGUACCUGCUGAGAGAGGGGCACUCGGAGGCUGCCCGGGAACUCUCGGAGGAGGCGGGCAUCCAAGACUUCGUCACGAUAGAGCUGUUCGAGAGGGCAAAGGAAGUGGAGGCUGCGAUAAGGGCCAAGGAUCUCGGGCCGGCUCUCCGGUGGUGCGAGGACAAUUCGUCGAGACUGAGGAAGCUCGAGAGCAAGCUGGAGUUCCGCGUCCGCGAGAGGGCGUUUCUGGAGAUGGUCCGAGCUAACAAGAAGGAGGAGGCGGUCCAGUACGCCCGGGACUACCUCCAGCCACACGCUGCGAAUCACCAGGCUGAGGUGCAGCGGGACAUGGGGACUCUUGUGUUCCCUAACCCGCAGGAGUCGACGGUGCCCGAGUGGGUCGCGCUUUUUCACGAUGACAGGUGGGCGGAGCUGGCGUCGGAGUUCCUGAUAGAGAUGCAAGGCGUGUUCGGCCUCACGCAGCCGUCGAUGCUGGAGAUUGUGGUCCAGAGCGGGGUUUCCGUGGUGAAGACCCCCCAGUGCUCUCAGGAUAGCUUCCGGCUCAGUCACUGCCCUACCUGCAGCUCGGAGGGUCGGGCGCUGGCGGAGGGCCUACCUUGCGCACAUCACGGGCAGUCGUUCCUCAUAUGCCGCCAGUCUGGAGACCCGAUCGGAGACGACAACCCUCCCCUGGUGCUCCCGAACGGUCGUGUGUACGGCUCGAGGGCGAUCCGGGCGUUGGCGCGGCCGGCGGCGGGCACGACCGGGGCGGGGGCCGGGGAUGCUGCCGCUGCCGCGGGCAGCGGGAUUGUGGGGUUCGACGGGACUGUCGGCGGGACUGUUGGGGCCAGCGUGGUGACGUGCCCGUCGACGGGCCAGACGUUCCGUUUCGACCAGCUCCGGAGCGUCUACAUAAUCUGA